AUGUCGGGGUUUGGGCUAACAUCCGGUCCGCCAGCCGAGAACGACCGGACGCGACGACCCUCAUUGGACUUUCGAGCGACAAACGACAACGUCGACAUCGCUCAGGACAUUCGAUCGCCCACACCCUCACGCCUCAGAUCUGAGAUAUUCACCGACGCCUUUCGCGGGUUGAAAAAAGCAAUUCCUGGCCGAGAGGACUCUCUACGAUUCGCGAGGAGCCCGUCCCGCCUAGGUUUGAAGCAGUCUGGGCCGCCAUCUUUUCCCAUACCAGCGCCGCUAGAGUCGGCGCCUCUACCGAGCACCUCCGAGAGGCCGGUGCAGCAUGUACGCAACCUGAGCUUGCAAGAUAGCCUCGAGAAACCACUGCCCGUGCCACCGCCUGGGCCGAUUUCGCCUCUAAGCCCAAACACGUCUGCCAAACAGAUCCAUAUACCACAAGGCACCCUGAACACCAUCAGCGAUACCCGGAAUUUCAGAGACGAGACAGGCAACCAAACAUCUACAGACUCGAGAACCAGCACAAUGGAUUCGUCGACCUCCCUUCCGCAGCAGGGACAGCUGCACAAUACCAUUAUGGAGAACUCUAGUCAGUCCCCAUCAAAUGCGCAGACUGCAAAACAUACCGCCCCUGGAGCUCCUGUGGGCACGACGGCACCAUCUGGCUCGUCAGCACACCUAUCUGGACUGAUGUGCAAUGUACAUCGGACAACGGGUCGAGAGCCGCACCCCCUUGUCGGUGCCACAACCACAAUCUUGGGGGACAAACUCUAUGUCUUUGGCGGCCGCAUUCUGUCACGAAGUCGGCCAGCACCCCUCACUGCAGAUCUCUAUGAGCUCGACUUGAUAAGACGACACUGGACGAAGCUGGAAACACAUGGUGACAUUCCACCGCCACGAUAUUUCCACUCAAUGUGCGCGUUGGGAGACACAAAGAUGGUAUGCUAUGGUGGGAUGUCGCCUACUGGGACCCAAUCUGCAGCUACCUCACAAGACCAACAGCCUGAAGUGACGGUGAUGUCUGAUAUAUACAUCUACGAUGUGCCGAGCAAGAAAUGGACUUGUGUACCAACCCAGGACGCCCCACAAGGCCGCUACGCCCACUGCGCCUGCAUAUUGCCGUCGUCGGCCACAUUCUCAUCCAACAAGGCGCCCUUGUCAGCAUUGCAACACAACCCCUCGAGCGCGAACCCCAAUGAAGGCCGCAUAGGAAUAAACAUUGACGGGGCCGGUGGUUCAGAAAUGAUUGUGGUCGGAGGCCAGGAUGGUGCCAAUCACUACAUUGAGCAAAUUAGUGUCUUUAACCUGCGCAGUCUGAAGUGGACCUCGACGCAAUCCCUGGGCAAGUCCUGCGGCGCGUAUCGAAGUGUUGUGGCGCCUUUGGCUCCUCACGUCAUGGCCAAGUUGAAUAAGACUGCAGCCAACGGCACACGACCUGAUGCCAUGAUCAGCCAGGAUUCGAAAGAGCCAGGGUCGUCCAUGCUCAUAUACUCUAACUACAACUUUCUGGACGUCAAGUUGGAAUUACAGAUACGGGGGCCUGACGGCUCCCUAGGCGAGAGACCAAUGUCCGGCGCAUAUUCGCCCCCCGGCCUCCGAUUUCCCAAUGGUGGCGUUAUCGACACCUAUUUCGUCGUCAGCGGCACAUAUUUGACGAGUUCGAAACAAGAAUAUGCUCUCUGGGCUUUGGAUCUGCGCACGUUAACCUGGUCACGCAUUGAUGCCGGUGGGAGCGUUUUCAGCCAGGGAAGUUGGAACAGGGGAGUGCUCUGGAACCGGCGCAACACUUUUGUGGUUCUCGGGAACCGGAAGCGCAGCCUUGUCGACGACUACAACCACCGACGAAUCAACUUUUCCAAUGUAUGCAUGGUUGAGUUGGAGGCGUUUGGUUUCUACGACAAUCCUCGCAAGACGUCGCCUCUGUCGGGCUUUGUGUCUGCCAGCAGUCCUUAUGCGGCACCAGGCCUGAGUCUUGCCAGGAAAGCGGGUUGGACUGGGGGCGGCCGCGAGCACUCUCGCGCCGCUGAAGAGCUUGGCGAGAAGGCGCUGUCCCUGCGGGAACUCGCGGAUAUGGAUAUUCUCUGCAUCGGCGGCGAGAGAAUACCAGUAAACUCGCGGAUCGUGGCAAGGAGAUGGGGCCCGUACUUUGUGCAACUUCUCCGUGAAGGCGCAGCAACACAAGAUGGGAGUGAUUCGGCUACUCUACGGACCGGCUUCUCGAGCGCAGCCGGCACCCGCAUGUCCACAAUGACGAUCACGCAGGCAAACCGCACUGCAGGAGAUAGUAGCCUCUCGCUGGCCACGACUCUCAACAACACCGGAUCAUUUGGGUCAACCAAGGCCCCAAGCACGGCUGGUACCUCAUUCUCAGGCAGUGGCCCUGUGGAGGCUAACUCUGUCAACGCCGCCCCUACGCCGGCCACUCUCCCGCCUAAUUCACGCCCCCGAUGCUUGUACUUGCCGCACACAUAUCUGACAGUGCAGGCUCUCUUACACUUCAUCUACACGUCAUCACUGGCCGCGCCUUCGUCUCCACUGUGCACACCACAGAUCCUGUGCUCUCUGCUGCAGAUUGCGAGACCGUACAAAGUAGAUGGACUUCUCGAGGCGGUCGUGGAACGACUGCAUGCUCUUCUGGAUUCACGCAACGCUGCAGCAGUCUUCAACGCCACCGCCAUGGCAGCGGGGGGUGGCCGUGGUAUCGACAGUACCAUGAAUCCCAAUUUCCUGUUGGCCGCUGACGACAUAUCACUAUCUGGAACAGCAGAUGGCUGGAUGAACGGACGGAUGCGCCAAGACUCGUCAGCCACGGACAUGUCAAGCGGCAUGGGCGAGCUCCGCAUCAACACCAACGUGCCGAGUGCACAGCCGGAGAAUGACGAGCUCAGCGCCACUGGCAGUGUCUCCGGCAGCGAAUGGAGCAGCUCUGUGGGUGACAGCGAGCGCGGAGCCAGCCGCGAGAUAUGGACUGGCGAGCUCAGCAGUGUUAUUGGUCUCCAGAAGCGCGGACUACGUGGGCUAAUGGAAGGCCGGCGGAUGCGUGCGAACGUCGAUAGGGAGCGAGAGGGUAGUCGUGUGACGGAGCGGAACAACUCGCAGAAGGUUGGACUCGGCAUCGGUGCGCCUUGA